AUGUCUCGCGAUGAUCAUUUCGAGUACCUCGCCGGCCUCGCCCGUGAUCUGCCCGAGCACUGGGUGUGCGAGGUGUGCGUGAAGCUCCACCCAGUCGCUAAGUCCGAUGUGUUCAAGACCAGUUGUCAACUCCAAUCCUGUCCCCGGUCGAGCACUUGGGACGAAGAGGCAUAUACGAACCUUCCACGUCACGUCCGCGUGGAUCAUCGUCAUAUACGUCUCGACCACCGCCAUGUCGCCCUUGCGCUGAAGUACACACGCCUGCAGCGCCGCAAAUAUCAAAACUACCUGCGAAUACUCAUGACACCCUAUCACAACCCACGAUAUAUUACCCAUAUGGGAAGCAGAGCAAGUGAGAGACCAGCGAUAGAUGCCCACUACUCGACCCACCCCAAAGUCGUUCUGGGCAUCGACGGCAACCUCAUGUUCCUGCUCCUGUCGAUCUGGCGCUACACCAGUGCCCUUGAGCCCGUCUCGCCCCAGGCUAUCGGGUGCCUGCUUAUACGCCCACAUCUCGUGUCAGAUAUACAGCCUAUUAGCAGCAAUGCCGCCAAUCCAUAUGCCCGGCUGGGAGCUGUUCAACAUCUCGGUUUCCCUCUCCCUCGCCACACACGUCCGACCCUAGAGGACUUGAACGGCUUGCACAAUGCCAUCAAGAAGGCCUUCUACACCCGGCACGCGGUGACUUUUCGGUACGUGCAUCUGCCGGAAGCGCCGAGGUGCGCGUCUGGCAGGACAUGGGGCACGAAGGUUCUCCCAUGGAUCCACGUCGCGGAAAGGACAGACGAUCCUACGGAGCGGAUGUUGGCCCGCAACUACUUCGAAUUUGGCCCAACUGUCCGUCAUGACCCUGGCACGGUUCGGAGAAUCAGUAUGAUACACAGCCAUAUGAAGCCGGCCGGCUAA